AGUGCGAACAUAGGUAGCGUGCGUCUCGUUGCCAGGUUCGAGACCAGCUCACGUAAUUCACUGAGUAAGGUAUGUGUCUUGAUCUACAGACCAGUUUAACGUCGUUUAAAAGUUCUGUGACGUGGGGGAAAAUCUCCCAGUUCUGAUUUUAUGGGUCCAUCGCUCAUCAGCAGUUGGAACACGCAUCGAUUACAGCAAACGGUUCUUUUGUGCCCUUCGUAACAUGAACAGUUUAAAGAAUUUUCUUGUCGCAUGGCAUUAGCCAGAGGGUGUACUCUUAGGACGAAAAUAGUUUGAAAAUUACAUAAACUUUUGCUAAAAUGGCUGCUACGACGACAUUAGAGGCGAGCAGUGCUAACAAUAACAAUACCAACAGUGGUGCCACACUGAAGAAGUCGUUCUGUAUCGAGGCCCUGUUAGCACGGAGCGAAGAUCCGGAGGACGGUCCUGUGAGUCGCAGCGCUUCGCCCCGGACUCCGUCGCCGCAAUCGCCCGGGACGUCCGUCCACAGCGUCAGUCCGCCCAUCUCGCCCGGCUCAGAAGACGUCUCCUUGCCUGUCGACAGCUAUUCCGGAGUGCCGGGUUCGAGUCCACACCUGAUACCAAGACCCGGACUGCUCGCCAACCCCACGACCCCGUCGUCGGCAGUAGCUGCGGCCUUGUUCGCCGUAAAUCACCACCAGAAUCAUCUGAAUCAUCAUGCUGUUUAUGGCUUCCCUAAUCACCAUCACCAUCAUCUUUUGACGGGAGGUUCAGCCUUCCAUCCGUUGGAUGGGGCAACGGGUGGUGUGAAGGGUGGAGGCGGUGCGCCCGGAGGCGGGGCGGGGCCUACGGGGAACCAGCAACACCUCCAGCACAUGCAGCUGGAGUGGCUGGCUAGGACCGGCAUGUUCUACCCCCGUCUGCCGGAUCUCACAGGUUGCGGCCCUCAGCACGCCCUCCUUGGGAAGACACGGAGGCCCCGUACGGCCUUCACCAGCCAGCAGCUUCUGGAGCUGGAAAAGCAAUUCAGACAGAACAAAUACUUAUCCAGACCGAAGCGUUUCGAAGUCGCUACCAGCCUCAUGCUUACGGAGACACAGGUCAAGAUCUGGUUCCAGAAUCGCAGAAUGAAGUGGAAACGCAGCAAGAAGGCACAGCAAGAGGCCAAAGCGAAGGACGAGGCAGAGAAGCGCAAACCCACGACUGCGUCCAGUAGCGGCAGCACACCGACGGACAGCAAAGCGAAAGAGACGUCGCACGGGGACAGCGAGACAUCGGGGCAGCAGAUGGCCUCCAGUAGAAGCGUCAGUCCUGCCAUCAUGGACAACCAUAGCACCAGCGCUGUGGCCACAGCCACUAACCUCGUGCUGGAGCAGAACUUCCAGCCACAGGGCAACGCCACCAGAGUGCAUCACCUGCACCACCACCACCUCCAGAACCACCAUCGGCGUCUCAGCCUCCAAGAUGCCGGCGAGACUCUUUACAGGCCCUACGUUGUGUAAACGGGCCACAGCGUCGUUGCAAAAAUUGUCCCGUUUCCUUAAAAUCUUGGUGGCCGCAACUGAACUUCUCGUCGCGCUGAUCAAUGAACACACACGACACAAUGUACGAAAGUCUUGCAUAUCAGUUGUUAAGCUCAAAUAAAUCUUGAUUUCUUAGAUAUUCUCGACAGUGUGAAUGGUUCGUGGUAGAUACGCAUUGCCCUGUUUAAGGUAACAACAGUCUUCUGGGACGAUACGCCUUGUAGUCUCUAGUAAAAGUUGAUCGCCCUGAUCAUGGAGGAAGUAAGCACCUUUGAAAACUUCAAUCAGACUACACGGCGCAAUAACCAAGAAUUCAUAAUUACCGCCGUGAGAACCUCAAAUCAAACUACAGUCAAAUUCUCUCAUAAUGACGAAUGGUUAAGUAUGAACUUUGAUUAAACGAUUGACCGACACUGUUCCUUCUCACAAGCUUAAUCCCCUUUCUUGUUUAAGACAAAAUUAAUGUUGAUUUUGUGUCUAUGAAUAUUUUUGUUAUAAUUUUGCAAUACAUUUUCUCCGUAAGUAGAUAGCCUAAAUAUAAACGACGUUCGAGAAAAUACUCGAGAACUCACAUGUCAGCAUUCUGUUGUGUGUGAGACGUUAAAUCAGUAACAACAUUUGUACUUCAAUUAACACAACUGCAUUUUUCUUCCUACCCGAGCGACAUGUUUCAGCGAUCCGUCAUCUUCAGGGGUCUAUUAUACAGAAUGCUCCAUGUAAAACGUGAUCCAACUACAACACACGAGAUUCUUCGCGCACAAAACGAGACCAAUGGCAAAAUUGAAUUAUUGCAGCUGAUGCAGUACUUGAAGUAGUCAACUGUUUUAUCACUAGAUGAGCACUUUCUGUGUUUCGAAAUUCUGUUACCAGUCGGUGUAUGCGGUACUCCCUUAUCCAGAUAUGCAUUGCUAAAUGUUACUCUAACAGCAGCAAACGAUUUUGAAACAAAAUAACGUUCGAGAAUAAACACGUGUUCAGCUCCUGACUACAUGUUCGCAAUUGCACAGCUCUACCGCAACUUGCUUGAGCAGUGGCCUAGCAACCUGGAUGACCUUGGGGUAGUCUAUUGCAAGAGGGUGGACCUGCUUCUGAUUUAAUUUUGUGUCGUGGUACGUGACUGUUGUUGGUUUGUGUUUUGAAUGUUACACACCCUGCAUAUAACACAACGUUUGAGAUUUGUGAGAACUUCGUGAAAGCUGAAGAUGACUGAAUAGUCGAAACAUGUCGCUGUGAUAAAAAUUAGAGUGCAGUUGUGUUGGAUAAAGUUUAAUUACUGUUACUGUUUCGGGAAGUGUUCUGAUGUGGAGUUCAGUUGCUUUAUGUGUUAUGAUUCGGCCAUAACACAGAUAAUGUGAACAAGUAUCAACUAAGGUGUCGUGAUGUGAACUGUUGUACACAGCGGCUAAUACGGAACUUGUUAGAUUUAUCUCAGCCGUGACUUUGUGCGAGCGAGCACGCGUGUGUAAAUAAGACAGUGUCGUGCGUGUGACGUGUGUUGUAGGCCUAAAGACACUUUAAAAACAAAAACAAUAGUGGUCCAACCUUAACCACCAUUCCCGCCCUCUGCCCGUCAACAAAGCAACAGGCGUACGUACAAGUGGAAUAGACGCCUCUAAAUCAACAUGGAAUAUGACUCUUGUGUUUACAGUUGUCCUUUAGUCUACCUUUCAGAGGAAAGGCAGGGUUAUGGCACCAUGUCCGUGCGAUUUCCCAUCAUACUCCAUAAAUUCUGAAUAAAUAAUUUAAUUUAACGUGGUAUGUACACAA